AAGUUCGAUUUGACCAAAUGCAGCAGCCUCCAAAAUGUCAAAAUUGCAGAAAGUAUUCUCCAAAUCAAGAUUUAUUUUGUGGUAUUUCACCAGGUUCUUAUGAAGCAUCUCAAUCAUCUACCCAAUUUCUAUAAGUUGUGUACAAUAUUUUUUGCGCGAUUCGUGCUACAAACUCAAAGAGAGCACGAGGUUUUCACCGCUUUUACCGUUUCAGCCGCAGGUUCCCCGCCUCAUAAGCAUUAGCAUCAAUAGGUCGUUUAAAGGGGUUGUACCAACUUCAGACAAACGAAAAGGCUUACUGGCAUUUCUUUAGCAUUAAGGACUAUAGUGAGCGCGCCACUCUGACGAUUUGCCACCCGCCGCCAACUUUACCCCCCGCCACCCCCAUCAUCACUGAAUGCCCUAUAAACAAAAUCCUUCCCGCAGACCCGUAUCAUAACUGAGCACGGUCAUUCAUACUGUCGCAGAGUAAUAAUUAGAAGCAGAUUUACGUUUAAUGUUAAUUCUUUUACCGGCAGAGAGCACUGCGGCAAAAGCACGCGCCGCCGCUCUUCGUCAUCACUAUCGCCGCUGAUAACGAUGAUGUUUCGGCGGCAGCAGCAGCAGCCAUCAAUGUAGACUAGUUGUUGUCGUUUGCUACGACUGACUGGGAAGGUUCCCUAGCCAUGGUGUGGUUCACUCAUGGAUGUUGGUGCUAUUGGAAGCAGGUAUAGCUGUGCCGUUGCCGUCGCUGUUAUCGGCUUCAACUAUUGCGGUAAUCGCUGCCGUUGAUCUGCGCUGCUGCGUGUAUCGACCGCCCGCCCACCCGUCCGUUCGACUGGCUGGUGUUUCGGGUUUUAUGUCUGCUACUGCGUUACUUCACACGGCUGACUUCUAGCACGGAGCCGAGUGCGUCUACGGCUGGUUUCGAACCUAGGCCAUCUCACGUGCCCCUGAAAUCGCAGGUAAACGGGUUACUCCUGCGCAAUCAUGGGAACCGGUCGAACGGUGUCGACCUGCUAACUGCCGUCGUGCUUCUUCGCUGCUGCUUUCUACAAGGAGAAGGAAGCACAUUUGGCGACCCCGGCAGCAGUCAACGAGCAGCAGCAGUAGUAGGGAUUUGAAUAGUGUGCGGUGCGCAUGAGUGCGAAAGAGUCAGAAAUGGUACAGUCGCAGCGUUGGCUAAACAACUGCAUUCGUAACAACGGUUGAUCGACGACAGCGGCAACCGUGCAGCUCGUGCUCCGCUGAUAUUGGUCAUGUUAGCGAUGUCGAUAAUGGCAGUAGAGUUAAUGCACUGUAGUGUUUGUUGCUGGUAAUAUUGAUAGUAAUAACAAUAGAAGUGACGGUGAUGUAAUGGCAUGGUUUACCUGGGGACGUCUUCAAUAGGCGGCGACUUAACGUGAACCAACAACCUCCGUUGCGUUCGACAAGCAAAAAUUAAAAAAACCAAAUCUCGAAUCAACCUUGUGCUGACAGUACCUAUUUGAGCCUUACACGAAAGAGGAAAUAUAUUCAAGAAAAACAGGCUGCCGGACGUACAGAAAGGGAACCAUAAAGCAAAAACUCUCCGGAAUACCUAAACUGGAAUACCUAAACUUCGAGCCUAUCUUUUCUCAACGUACAAUACUUGCUCCUUUCGUACGAUCCCGUUUUUCCACGACCCUGUCAUCUACACAGAAUGCCUCAAUAACCAAGGGUACUUAAAUAAGCGUCGGUUCUGCCCUCUGAAAAACCAAUUACAUGCUAACAUUCAUCUCAUGAGCCUGUUUCAGUGCUCAGCUGACGCUAAUCCUGUAUGCAAAACAUAGAGAUACCGAAGAAGUAGUGAAACGAACUUUGGCAACAGGGUAAGCCUGAACAAAACAAAGUGAAGACGGACUGCUGAGCCUGUGCAAGACAAGUUCAUAGUUUAUAGGGACAAAGUACAUAUAGAACGUUAUAAAGAACAUCAGAACGCUGAUCAUCUGAGAUCAUUCGUCUUUUAUCUGCUGAACGGAAUCGAUCUAUCUACACAACAAUGGAUAGUUUUAGCAUAAGAAACCUGAAGGGAUUUGCGUCGGACGCGGCCACCGCGCUCACCCGAGCUGUCCAGUACACGGAAGAACGGCUGGGCACGGCAGGCCGCACGGAGUUAGAUGCGCAUUUUGAAAGUCUCGCACAGAGAGCUGAUGACACCAAACUCUGGACUGAAAGACUGCUCUCUAAAGCAGAGGCAGUCCUUGAGCCCAACCCGAACGUUCGCGUUGAAGAUUACCUGUUCGACAAGUUGGAAAAGAAACGUGAGCGCCCAAACAACCUCGAGGCGCUUGGACAGGAUAUGGUUAAUGCUGGAGGCGCAUUUGGUGCUGGCACACCAUACGGUAGCGCCUUGAUAAAGGUCGGGCAAGCGGAGAAGAAUCUGGGUGGAGCGGAACGAGAUUUUGGUAGAAGUGUACACACUCACUUUUUACAGCCUCUCAGGAGGUUCUUAGAAGGAGACAUGAAGACUAUCAUUAAAGAGCGACGUAUCCUGGAGAACAAACGGUUAGACCUUGAUGCCGCCAAGAAUCGACUCCGCAAAGCUCGAUCUGCAGACCCACAGGCCCCCAAGGCGAACGCCCAACAGAUAGAAAAGGAAAUCUAUCAGGCGGAGAAAGAAGUGGAGCUGUGUCAAGCCGAAUUCGACAAACAGGCCGAGAUAACUCGUCUGCUACUCGAAGGGAUCUCUACUACUCAUGCGAAUCAUGUACGGUGUUUAAGCGAUUUCGUCGAAGCCCAGAUGGCGCUGUACGCUCAGUGUCAACGACAUAUGCUGGACCUGCAGAGAGAGCUGCGCGCACUUAACAUGAACGUGGGUUGUGGAGGGGUGAAUGGGGAACAGGCGGAGGCAGGCGGCCGUGUAUGCGCUUUCCAGAACGUGUUCGAGGGGCAGUCGGGUCAAGCAGGGCAAAUGGGCACGCAUGGCAGUGGCCAGGGGCCAUUGCGCAGCACUACAGGAACUGAGAGAUCCAACAACAACUCGAGCUACCGUAAGGCCAAGGUGUUGUACGCAUACGAGGCGCUCGCAGGCACAGAACUUACCGUGAAACAAAACGAGGUAUUGGAUGUGAUCGACGGCCCAGCUGAUCUCGACCCUGACUUCGUGGUGGUCCGCCGAGUGGGCAGCAGAGAAUGGGGCAAGGUUCCUCUGGCUUAUCUUGAGAUUCUUGAUGACAGAAUCAAUGAAAAGACUACAGCAUAAGACGCCAGCAAAUAACAGCCGUCAGAACGAUUGCUGACCAAUAUGUAGGAGACAAACACAGAUGCACGUGUCCUUCUUUAAUAGGUAGCAGUACCAACCACGCCGCCGCAGGACAAAGUGGGAUAAUGCGCAUAAAAACCAAUCAGAAACAUUCGUGGCGCUGUUAGAAAAAUGUUGUAUCGCGGGCGACAGUCAGGUUCAGUUAACAAGCUAAGUUAGCUAUCUCUAACAUGCUGAGCUAUCUCUAUCUGGUGGCUGAAACAAUACAAAAGACUUACACUACUACUAGCAUUAUGAAAAGAAGCUCGAGCAUGAUCGGAGGUAGAAUCCGUUAUGUGACGGGCAUUUUAGCAGCCACAGUGCCGAAAGCCAGCUGAUUUCAAGCACACCGCCAUAUGUCAAAUGUAAAUCUUUCCACCGACUUAUCAAGCGCGCGUCCAAGCUCUAUAGUUUACGUAUGCUACUUCGUUGUUCUGUUCGACUUGAUAUGUCUGGCCAGCCAGCUGUGUCUCGACUUCGGACAACUUCGAAACAACAACAACGAAUCAUGUAAAGCGUUUAGCGUUUUACAUAUUGAGGAUCGAUUAUCAACGUAAAUAGAACAGAGUACACCAUCUACGCUGCUGUGAAACCGAGCACGAAACAUCGAAGUGACAAAUCGACCAAGCAGUCCGGUCUAAAAGUCAAUGGAUGGAAGAAAUGCUCGGUCAGUUUCCAGCCCCCCGUAUCUUAACCGCCGAUAACGUCGAGGCCAUAGUGCCUUUAGAAAAAAAAGUCAUAC